AUGGACUCAGAUGAGUCGGCGUUCAUCUCCGAGGCCGAGUCUGAUGGCUUCGUCCCUGAGCCUGUAACUAAGAAGACCAAGGCUGCGGCUGGAAAGAAGGCGCCGGCGCCGAAAGCAAAGAAGAUGACACAAAGUACCCUCAAGGUCAGCAAAAAGCGGCCCGCCCCGGAGAAUGACGACCAAGACGACGAUUCGGCCGAUGGCUCUGGCUUUUCCAACACUCCGCCCAAGAAGCAAAAGAAGGCACCAGCCGUCAAAAAGUCUGCAGGCGCCCCCUUGGCCGAGCUUGAGAAUGACAGCAUGGCGAUUGAGGAAACAUCAAAAAUCCCGACCAAGAAGAAGACAGCGAGCGAGACAUACCAGAAGCUCACCCAGCGUGAGCACAUCAUGCACCGUCCCGACACAUACGUUGGCUCAAUCGAAAAGACCACACAGACGAUGUGGGUCUACAACAAAGAGACGCAAUUGAUGGAGUACAAGGAAGUCACGUUCGUGCCCGGUUUCUACAAAAUCUUUGACGAGAUUCUUGUGAAUGCUGCGGACAAUAAGCAGCGUGACUCGACAAUGUCGCAUAUGAAGAUCACCAUCGACAGAGAGCAAGGCGUCAUCAGUGUCGAGAACAACGGCAAGGGUAUCCCUAUCGUUAUGCACGAGAAGGAAAAGAUGUAUAUUCCCGAGAUGAUCUUUGGUGUCCUCCUUACAGGUGCCAACUACGACGACAACGAGAAGAAGACUGUCGGCGGCCGAAACGGUUAUGGUGCCAAGCUCUGCAACAUUUUCAGCAAGGAGUUUACUCUCGAAUGUCAGGACAACGAGAAUGGCAAGAGAUACAAGCAGACAUGGACGGAUAACAUGCUUCACGUGACCAAAGCAAAGAUCACGUCGAGCAAGACGUCUGAUUUUGUGCGGGUGACAUUCAAACCCGAUUUUGAGAAGCUCAACAUGCCCGACGGUAUCGACGAUACGCUAGAAAGUCUACUCUUGCGACGUGUCUACGAUAUGGCAGGCACGGUUCGUGGCGUCAAAACGUACCUCAAUGGCGAGCAUAUCAAGAUCAAGGACUUCAAGUCGUACUGCAACAUGUACGCCAAGGCCAUUGCCCACACGAGAGCUCAGGAGGAGGGUGUGACCCCGGUGACGACGGUCGAGAUUGAUGAUGAUAAGGGCCAUCCCCGGUGGGAGAUCGGCUUCACGGUCUCGGACGGAACGUUCCAACAAGUCUCGUUCGUCAACUCCAUCGCCACCACCUCAGGAGGAACACACGUCAACUAUAUCGCUGAUCAGAUGACAAAUGCUCUACUCAAGCAGCUGAACAAGAAGGCAAAGGGGCAUACGUUGAAGCAGAACCAUCUACGAAAUCACAUCUUUGUGUUCGUCAACUGUCUCAUCAACAAUCCUACUUUCAACUCACAGACCAAGGAGCAGACCACUACAAAAGUCAGCCAAUUUGGUAGCAAGUGCGAGCUCAGCGAGAAGUUCCUAAAAAAGAUCGCCGCAUCCGAGGCUUUGCAGAACAUUAUGGCUUUCGCAGAAAAGAAGGCCGACAAAUUGAUGGCAAAGAGUGACGGCAGCAAGCGCUCACGAGUGAGCAAUGCCAAGCUUGUCGAGGCUAACUUGGCUGGCACCCGCCGUGGUCACGAAUGCACAUUGAUCCUGACUGAGGGUGACUCCGCCAAGGGUCUGGCCGUCGCUGGCCGUGCAAUUCUCGACCCCGACCGCAUCGGUGUCUUCCCCUUGCGAGGCAAGAUGCUCAACGUUCGCGAUGCUACUGCGGACCAAAUCUCCAAAAAUACGGAAAUUCAAAACAUCAAACAAUUCCUGGGCCUCAAGCACAAGGCUGUGUAUACCGACAACAGGAGUCUGCGCUAUGGCCAUCUGAUGAUCAUGGCUGAUCAGGAUCACGAUGGUAGUCAUAUCAAGGGGCUUCUCAUCAACUUUCUACAAGUCAUGUACCCCUCCUUGCUUCAAGUGCCAGGCUUUUUCCAGGGCUUUAUCACGCCCAUUGUCAAGGUGUGGCAAGGCUCUAACCCCAAGAAACCUUUGCGACUCAAGUCCUUUUUCACUCAACCACAGUACGAGGAAUGGAAAGAAGCCCACAGCAACGAGCUCACCAAGUGGCGAAGCAAGUACUUGAAGGGUCUGGGUUCAUCGACCCCUGAGGACGCCCAGAUCUAUUUCAAGGACCUUGACAAGCAUCUGAAGCAGUUUCAGACUGUGCAGCCAGGUGAACCCGAGCUCUAUGAGCUGGUCUUCAGCAAGAAAAAGGCAGAUGCGCGAAAGGCUUGGCUGGGAGAGUUCGUGCCGGGCACUUACCUCGACAUGUCCACAUCGGUCAUCAAGCAUGCGGACUUUGUCAACCGAGAGCUGAUCCUUUUCAGCAUGGCUGACAAUGUGCGAUCUGUUCCAUCUGUCCUGGAUGGAUUCAAACCAGGUCAGCGCAAGGUCAUUUACGCUUGUUUCAAGAGGAACCUGGUCAAGGACACCAAGGUCGUUGAGUUGGCUGGUUACGUUUCCGAGCAAACCUCGUACCAUCAUGGUGAAGCAUCCUUGCAUCAGACCAUCAUUGGCCUGGCGCAGAACUUUGUCGGUUCCAACAACAUUAAUUGUCUCGAGCCCAGCGGCACCUUUGGUUCCCGUCUCGCUGGUGGUUCUGACGCGGCCAGUCCCCGUUACAUCUUCACCCGACUGUCCCCCUUUGCGCGCAAGAUCUUCAGUCCAUUGGACGAACCCAAUUUGAAUUACCAAUCGGAAGAAGGCGUGACUAUCGAGCCGGAUACAUACUCGCCCAUUCUACCCAUGGUUCUGGUUAACGGUGCUGAUGGUAUUGGCACCGGUUGGAGCACCAACAUCCCCAACUAUCACCCAAUGGACAUUGUCAACAACCUCAAGCGACGCAUGGGUCGCCUUGAUCCAGACAACACGGAGGAGGCUCCAUUCGAAUCGAUGACGCCCUGGUUCCGCGGUUGGAAAGGUGUUCCCGAGCCCGCCGGCCCUGACCGCUUCAAGUUCAAUGGCGUUGCCUACAGAGAUGACAGGAAUCCAAACGAGAUCAUCAUCACGGAAUUGCCCAUCCGCGUGUGGACCGACAACUUCAAGGCACAGCUCGAAAAGAUCAUCAGCGGGGAUGAUGGUCCCAGCUGGAUCAAGGAUUACAAGGAGUUCAACGAUCAUCAGACCGUACACUUUGAGAUCCAGGUAGAUGACAAGCACAUCGACAAGGUGAUGGAGGCUGGUCUCUUGGAAAAGUUCAAGCUGCAGAAGCAAGUCGCCACGUCGAACAUGGUGGCAUUCGACGCCGAAGGCCGCAUCCGCAGAUAUGAAAAGGUUGAGGACAUCUUGGACGCAUUUUAUGUCCACCGUUUGCAGAUGUACACCGAGCGAAAGAAGCACUGGCUGGAUGUCUACCACCGCGAGUUCCGCAAAGUGACCAAUCAGGCUCGUUUCAUCCAAGAGAUUAUCGACGGCAAACUAGUCGUUGGGAAAAAGAGGAAGGAUGUUUUGGUCAAAGAGCUUCGCGACCGUGAUUACGAGGCCUUCCCGAACGGCGUCAACCAGAAGAAGAAAGAUACUGAGGACGAGAUGAACGAGUCUGGCGACGACGAGAACGAUGACUCCUCCGAGAAGGGAAGUGCCCGUGACUAUGAUUAUCUUUUGUCGAUGCCUAUCUGGUCACUGACUGCCGAACGCCUGGCCAAACUCAAAGAGGCCAUGGGCAACAAGCAAGCGCAGCAUGACGAGCUGCUGGCGUUGAGCGAAAAAGACCUCUGGUGCCGUGACCUCGACGAGUUCGCCGUGGAGUGGGAGAAACAGGAGACUCUUGACGCUCAAAUCGCGAAGGACAUCCGUAGGACCGGUCGUCGUGUUUCAAAGAAAAUUGGCGCUGGUCGUGGCAAGAAAGCCAAGGAUGAAGAUGAUUAUGAGCCGGAAGCCAAGGCCAAGUCAAAGGCCAAGAACAGCAAAGCGGCGGCGGCUGCGCCGUCCAACACGAAGAGCGCUCAGAGGUUUGCGGAGAUGUUUGGCAGUGGCAAGACCGCUGUCAAGAAGGAGCCCAAAGCAGAGCCUAGUGCCGCCCUUGACGGAUUCUCUGACGACGACUUUGCGGCGCUGAGCCGGACCAAGCCAUCAUCCGCCCCUACAGCCAAAGCCGUGGUGAAGAAGGAAACCCCGGCUUUGUCGCUGUCGGAAGAUGAGGAAGAAGAGCCGUUGCCGCAGCCGACACGCAACAAGCGCGUUGCUGCUUCCAGAGCCAAGACGUUCAUUAACCUCGACUCGGAUAGCGACGAGGAUAAUGACAUGAUGCUUGGGGACGUUGGCGCGAUGGUGAAAGGUAUCGGCAAAUCGGAGCCUGAGUCGAGUGGUUCGGGAACUGGCACUGGUAGGCUAAGCCUGCACGCAAUGAGCAGGCCCGAGCCGAGCAGCGGCCCCAGUGGCUCCAAGCCCAAGCCCAAGCCCAAGCCCAAGUCAUCGAAAGCGUUCGAUGAGGACAGCCCGGACGACACCAACUACGAGAUGCUAGCCAAGUCUUCACCGUUCAAGCCCGCAAGCAAGGCCAAGGACAUUGACGAGUUCCUCUCCGACGAUGACGACGAGGAGCCGGUGAUUGUUUCAAAGGCUGCACCCAAGCCGAAGCCCUCGGCUUCCAAGGCGGAUGCUCUGCCAGUGGUGAAGAAGGCCCGUGGUCGCCCUGCAGGAGUGAAGAAUAAGGCCGCCAAGGAGCCGGCUACGAAUCCAAGACCAGCGCCCAAGCAGACCACACUUUCGCCCGCAGCCAAAGCCUACGCAUUAAAGAAGUCUGCGGCUAAGAAAUCUAUACCAGUAGACGAUAACGAGGAUGACGAUGAAGAUGUGGCCGACCCUGAAUCCCCAGCCCCGAGACCUGCGGCACGUGGGAGACCGGGCCGGGCUGCUGCAGCGAGGAAGCCAGUGAUCAUCGACGAGGAUUCGACCAUGGGGCUAGACGAGGAUGAUGAGAGUGAUGACGGGUUCGACAUGGAUGAUAAUGAGGACUAA